GUGAAGCUGGAACUGUCAACGUAGAGCAAGAUGAAAAGCCAGAGCUGAGGAUCGUCCUGCUCGGGAUGGUCGGAGUUGGGAAGAGUUUUUCAGGAAACACCAUCCUGGGCAAUGACCUAUUCAACUCAAAGCGCAGUCUAUCUGCUGUCACAGAGAAGUGCCAGAAGGAAAUGGGGAAUAUAAACAACCAAAAUGUAGUUGUUGUUGAUACUCCUGGUCUGUUAAGCAUUGACCAAACAGAAGAGGAGAUUAUGAGAGAGAUCAAGAAAUCCAUCAAUCUUGCCGAACCUGGUCCUCACGUGUUCCUGAUUGUGCUGAGUGUGAAAGAAAAAUACACAAAGAAAGAAGAAGACAUGGUGAAAAGCAUUCGCGAUACUUUUGGCAAAAACACAAUGGAUUACACUAUGGUGUUGUUCACCCAUGGAGAAGAAGGUACCAAGAUAGAGAACUUUUUUUCUGGCAAUAAAAAUCUCCACGAGCUAAUCAAGAAGUGCAAGUAUGGAUACCAUCUUCUUGACAAUCCUCCCGAACAGGUCCCUGAGCUACUGAAGAAGAUCAACGAUAAGGUUCAGGCAGCAAAAGGAAGAUACUACACCGCUGAGAUGCUCCAAGAGGCUGAAACUGCCUUAAAGGUACGAAAGGCCUCAGAAGGAGGAACACAACCCAAUCAAGCUGCUAUUCAAACUGCAGGUUAUUCUGGUAUGGGUGUUGGGUGUCUGUUUGGGUAUCUUGCUGGUGAGGGUCAGAUAACGUCUACCAUAGGAGCGCCACUAGGAGCCGUAGGGGGUGGACUACUGUGUGCUGCAGUGGCAGAACGUCUGCGGACCGGCUCCGCUGUGAGUCGGCUCUAUGCUCCGCCCGGCCAGUACCCACCAGGUCUGGAUUUGUUGCGUAACAGCGCGGCGCUAACUGACGGCUGA